AUGCCCACAAGAGGUGGGGUUUUCAUAGAGAGAAGGGUUGUGUUUAAAGAUGCUGAGGAAAAUGGGUUCUUUAAAGAAUCAGUAAUUCAGAAUAAUUAUAAUUAUUCAGAGUCAUCAUCAUCAUCAUCAUCAUCAUCUAUUGGGAAAAACAGUGAUCUUUCUGAGAAAUCAAUGGAGAAAUCAGAAGAUGGUGAGGAGGUACAGAGUACGUAUAACAAAGGAGGGGCCUUGGACGCCAUGGAAGCUCUAGAGGAAGUCUUGCCAAUCAGACGGGGAAUCUCAAGUUUCUACAAUGGAAAAUCAAAGUCCUUUGCCAGCCUGGUGCACGCAUCAUCGUUCUCAUCCUCCAUAAAGGACAUCGCGAAGCCCGACAAUGCAUAUGCCCGAAAGCGUCGAAACCUACUCUCUUGCAGCCUCAAUUGGGACAACAAGAACCGUAAACCGUCUUGUCUUGGAAGUAACUGUGGCGGAAUAUCCAAAAAAACAGCUAGUUCAAGCCGGACAACAUUGGCAUUGGGCGUGGCCAUGAGCGAAAAAGACUCGGAUAUUGGCAAAGUACGCGGUGGUGGCUAUUCGGGUAUUUCUCCCUGGAGAUCGUUUUCCCUGGCGGAUUUGCAGCAUUGUCUCGGUUGGAAAAAAUAG